AUGGCCUACUUCUCUACUAUGGUUCCCCCGUUGCCUACACUUUAUGUGUCUUCCAUGCAUUCAGACAACUACUUGCCUUCUAAUAGUGCUGCCAUGAGUGGGAGUACCAGCAUUCCAGAACACUAUGAGGUUGGGGUUCCAUGUGAUGUUGAAGAAGCUGUAACUAGAGGUCUGCAUAAGAGUGUCUGGGACAAAAUUCUCCAAUGUAACAUUGUGGAACUUUUUACACUCACUGACAAGAUGAAAUGGGUUCAGAACAUGGCAAAACGUCAUGGGGCAUUAGGAAAGAUGCUUUCCAUCAUUGCAAGGUGGUUCUGUGAAUUCUGCAAGUCCUGCAUCGACUUGGAGUUGCUUGAUGAUGCCCUUGGACCGAUUCAUAGUUUUGGCACAAGUGCAUUGUUAGAAAAGCUUGAUACUGACUCAUCCUUUAAACUGCUUCUAAUGCAUCCAGGGGCCAUGCAGUAUAUGGGCUUUAAGUUGAAUGGGCAGUUUUAUGUCAAUCUGCCAAUUCUGGCUACACUAUGCUGUGACUGGCUUCGAAGCCCUGUAUGGGAGAAACGCGUUGGAUCACUGCAUGCUGAACGAAGGAAUAGGAGUUCAAUUCUAACUUCAACUGACCCGUUGACGACUCGCUAUCCCGGAAGUCGGAAGCCGCGAAACCGGAAGCGACUGGCCUGCGUUCCACGCUUGCGGGCCAGACGGUACAAGCCGUAUCGUAGCUCUGGGAAUCGGCUGCCCGGCUUCACCGGAGGUCCACGAGAUUCGGACCCGGGAGAGGAAGGCACGGAGGACUCUGGACAUUGCUCAUCCACAGCUUACCUGAAGGAAACUGCGAGAGAUAUUGGCCUUUUGGGAUCAAAUGCCAUGGCAGUCUCAGCUAGGCGAGUAUUAUGGAUUCAUCAAUUGAAUGCUGAUGCUGACUCCAAGAAGAAUAUGGAGUCUCUACCAUAUAAAGGUGAUGUCUUGUUUAGUGACGGCCUCGCUGAUUUGGUAUCUACGUCUACAACGGUGGGCCCUCUUCCUCUGGCUUUGUGGCUGAUGAGGCAAAUUGGUCCUGCAUUAUCUGUGCUUACAGCUGUAGUCAUACAGAAAGGAGAUGCAAUCUGCUACAGUCCAUCUGCUACUGGCACACAACUGUGCAGCACAUGUAGUGGAGGUGGAUCCUGUACACCAGACAAUGGAUGUUCAUGUGUUAAUGACCCAGCCACCAUCUGUGUUCCCACCACUGAGUGCGCCAGUGUAGAUUCCAACAUUUGUUGUCCUAGAAAUUACUAUUGGUCUGCAACUGACAACUGCUGCACAGACGUACUGAUCUGCAAUCCUGCCUGUAAGAAUGAUCUGAUUUGCACAAAUAUCAGCAGCGUAGCAACUUGUAGCUGUAACACCACUCUUUACAGUGGACUGAACUCAUCAGCCCUCUCUCCAGUUAUACAAUGUGGAUCAAAUACAAUUUCUGUCUCCCUCAGUAAAUGCUUAUUAGAAUCUCUUGGGUAUGAUGUAACUACCAUCGAGCUAAACAACAGCUCUAGUUCCUGCGUUAACAUCUAUGAACAGACGGUGAACAACACCACUAUGGAGGCCGUCCAGGUUUUACCAGAGACAGGAUGGUGUGGUAACACAGUGCAAACAGAUUCUUUAAAAGUAUAUUACUCAAAUGUUCUGCACAUCGGCCUUAAGAAUAGCAUCAUAAUUACAUCUAACCCUGUGAACAUCUCCUUCUCCUGCUCUUACAACCUGACCAUGCAGACCAGUCUGGCUGCUGCUUUCAAUGCUGUGGUAAAUACUAUAAACCUCACCGCAAAUGGGGAAGGCUCAGUGCUGACUACAAUGGCUGCAUAUUGGGACCAAGCAUACGCUGUGCCAAUACUGAGUACUGAAGAUGUUCCAGUCGGAUCAAACAUCUACUUGGGGAUAUUUUCAGACUUUGUGGAUGUAACCAAGUUUGUUCUGAGAGUAGAAAGCUGUUAUGCCACACCAGAUAAUAACGCCAACAAUGUGAACAAAGUGGCUAUUGUGACCAGUGGGUGUCCUGCUAACCAGGGAAUCACUGCAGUGGUACAGGAGAAUGGAGUAUCUUUGCAGUCCAGGAUUGAAUUUAGUUCAUUUGCAUUUCAAGGACAACCAUUAGUUUAUAUCACGUGCACUGUACGACUUUGUGACACCAACACAACUUGCACUGGGUGUAAUGCUGCUCGAGACAGUAAUAAUGGACAGGCACAAUUACAGAUCCCACUGAAUUUAAUAGAUGUCUUCAGCAGUUCCGAAUCCAAUACAGCGGUAUCAUGGACAGUGAUGACCAGCUCUCUGUUAGCUCUCCUGACCACUAAGCUUUUCUGAGGAGAAUCCACUGAGUGAGCCAUAAAAGAAACUGGUCUUGGGGUUUACUACUUAUAUUUAAUGCUGUAUUCUGUGGGACUAUACAUAAUUUAUUUUUCUUCACUAUUCUAGGAACAUUUAUUUAGUAUACAGUGCUGCGAUGUGGCUUUUGCAAAUGUGGCCCCUUACUUGUAUGCAGUCAUUUAUCCUUCCAUGUUUUCAUGCUACAAUUAACUUGCAUUAAAUAAAUAUAUUUCUAAUAUA